AGUUUGCCCACUUUCUGCCGGAAAGCGCCAUUAAAACAAUUUAAAAAACAAAAUGUCAAAAUUAAGUGUUUUGCCUUUGAAGCUUAUUGACCCUCAUUAGUUCCCGUUAGCGCAGAGGGUACCGCGCAUGCGCAGAGCACCACCACCGCACCACAUUCCCCGCUUCUCCUCGCAGGCAAUCAUCCAGGAGCAAGCCAAUUGAUUUAUGCGUUCUCCAUGAUCCUCUGAAAAAAAUAUACGCGUAUUACUUUUUCCAUUCGUCGCGAGAGACUAACAAUCUGACCGUGAAGCUGCACCGUAUCCCCGUUCGUGCUCAGUAGAUGCUCAAUUCUUCACCAUGGCAACAGAAGAUAAGAAACCAGAGACUGACACGAAACCUCCAGUAGUACCAUCAGCAUCUGCCAGUCAAAGCAAGUCAGCACCUGCAAAGCCAAACUACAGCUUGAAAUUCACAUUAGCGGGCCACACUAAAGCCGUGUCCUCCGUCAAAUUCAGCCCGAGCGGAGAAUGGCUCGCCAGCUCAUCUGCUGAUAAACUCAUCAAAAUCUGGGGAGCAUAUGACGGCAAGUUUGAGAAAACCAUAUCUGGACACAAACUUGGUAUAUCUGACGUGGCCUGGUCCUCCGACUCCAACCUGCUGGUGUCUGCGUCUGACGACAAAACCCUGAAGAUCUGGGACGUCAGCUCGGGGAAGUGCUUAAAAACUCUAAAAGGUCACAGCAACUACGUCUUCUGCUGCAACUUCAACCCCCAGUCCAAUCUUAUCGUGUCAGGAUCGUUUGAUGAGAGUGUAAGGAUAUGGGAUGUGAAGACCGGGAAAUGUCUCAAAACAUUGCCGGCUCACUCGGACCCCGUCUCAGCUGUUCAUUUCAACAGAGACGGCUCCCUGAUCGUGUCCAGUAGCUACGACGGCCUUUGCCGAAUCUGGGACACAGCGUCAGGGCAGUGUUUAAAGACACUCAUAGACGACGACAACCCUCCUGUGUCGUUUGUGAAGUUCUCCCCCAACGGGAAAUACAUCCUGGCUGCUACACUGGACAACACGCUGAAGUUGUGGGACUACAGCAAAGGAAAGUGCUUGAAAACAUACACGGGCCAUAAAAACGAGAAGUACUGCAUAUUUGCAAAUUUCUCUGUCACCGGUGGAAAGUGGAUCGUGUCGGGCUCUGAGGACAACAUGGUUUAUAUCUGGAACCUGCAGACAAAGGAGAUUGUGCAGAAACUGCAGGGCCACACAGACGUCGUCAUCUCGACCGCCUGCCACCCGACAGAGAACAUCAUUGCAUCCGCGGCGUUAGAAAAUGACAAAACCAUCAAGCUAUGGAAAAGCGACUGCUAAGCCCUUUUCGGAUUUUUUUUUUUUCUUGGGCCAUUCAUAUUUCUUCUUUUUUUUAUAUAUAUAUUUUUUUUCUACAUUUUGUUGUAAGAAGAGAGGACUUGUUUUCUAACAGAGAGCUCCCGCGGGACGCGGACGGCUUUCAGGUAAAUGAAAAUUCAGCGAAGAGAACCAAACGAGACACAUCAGCCACACACAGUAUCAGCCGAGAGUCAGUCCUGCAGUGGACGUGUUCCCCAUCUGUCCUUUAAACGUGCCGGAUUUAGUUAUCUUUUGUUAACUUAACAACAAAUGUCCACACUCUGGUGCUUCAGUAUUUGCCGCGUUUACCCUGACAUCACUGCUUACAAAACAACUCACACGCACGCUUUCUGGUCUCGUACAAUACAUGUAAUGGUUAUUUUGGCCUUUCUAACAUUUCUUUUGCCUUUUUAAUUUCUCAUACGUGUAACUAGAUGAAGGAUGUCUGAGGAUCCAUUUCUGUUAUUUAUUCCCUAAUAUGAAAAAGCCAGAUCUCAAGUUAGGCCUGUGUGCUAUAACAAGAUAUGUUCUGAGAUUAUUAUGGCAGCAAACCAGAAUUUGACAGUGUUGGUAGGUCUGUAAAAAAAGAAAAAGACAAACAUGCCUCAAUAAGAUCUCAUAUAUGAUGUUGCAGAUUAGAGUGUGACAACAACAAACAAAUCCAGAUGUUAUGUAUUUUGAAUUGAGCCCCCGUCCUGUUAAACUUGUCUGACUUUAAACAUCUUUCAACAGCGACCAAAUGCAGUGUUUGUGUUGUAGGUUUUUGUACAUAUUACAUCAACAUGAAUUGUGAUUUAUUUUUUAGUUACAUUAUUUUGUAUGUUCUUUUCUGCUUGAUUAGCUUCAUACUGUAGUUCUCCACACAAAGCCAGCAGUGUCUGUUCUCUGUAGUCAACCUGGAUUUUGUGGCGUAUAUGUUUGCAUCCGACAGCUAUAACCUGCGUCUUAAUAAAACCAGUUUUUGUAUGUUUCA